CUUGGCGGCGGCCACCUGGAGGUCCAUCUCAGUGGCCCUGCUACUUUUGUUGGUCACCGCAUGCAGCUGCAGUUCUGCUGCGAGCAGGCCUCGCAGGCAGCUCCGCGGAUUUGUGCCGACAAGGGUUUGGGUCCCCAAGAACCCGCGAUCCAGUGCCUGCGCUGCGUCACGUGCGGUGGAGGGCGCUGGGGAGAUCUCCUGUCCUUUUCUUUUCGUUAGGGCCCAAGGGGCAAGAGUGAAAGCACUACUACAGAAUUUGAGGAAAGGUGGAGGAGUCAUCUGGAAGAAGUCUGCCUUUCCUGCACCACACACUAAAAGCUAAUCAGCCCUGGGCUUGAAAUCUGUGCAUGUGGGUUUUGCUUCCUACUUACUUCUUCACUGUGGUCACAUCUGUCUUCACCAGACUGCAAGUUUCUUAAAAGGAGAAAGUUUAAUGGAGCAGCGUCCAAGGGAGGACUGGAAGAGAAAGAAGGAGUGAAAGGGUGGCCCUAAAAGAUUGCACCUGAUGUGGACCUUCUGCAAACCUAGUCGCUGACAGCAACUAAAACUGAUGCUUCAGGGUACACAGGAACAAGAGAUGAUGAUGUUGGAGCCAAAGGAAGAGGAGCAAUCUUGGGAACAUGAAACCAAGCUAUCAGGGAACCACUCCACCAGUCAAGAGAUCUUCCGCCAGCGCUUUAGACAGCUCUGCUACCAGGAGGUUCCUGGUCCCCGGGAAGCCCUGAGCCAACUACGGUUACUCUGUUGUGAGUGGCUAAGGCCAGAGAGACAUACCAAGGAGCAGAUCCUGGAGUUACUGGUGCUGGAGCAAUUCCUGACCAUCCUGCCUGAGGAGCUCCAGUCCUGGGUGCGGGGACAUCACCCUAAAAGUGGAGAGGAGGCCGUGACUGUGCUGGAAGACUUAGAGAAAGGACUUGAACCAGGACCUCAGGUUCCAGGCCCUGCACAUGGACCUGCACAGGAAGACCCAUGGGAGAAGAAGGCACCCCUGGGACCAGAACAGGAGGCAGCAGGCAUCCAGCUCCAACCUAAGGAGACGCAGCUCAAGUGUGAAUUUCAGGAGAACCAGCCAUUCCCAGAGAGUGAACAGGUACAUGUACAUUUUCCAUCAGUUGCUGCAGAAGAUGUUCCAAAACUCAAGGACAAAGGAUCACUGCCACAGCCACCCAUUACUAAAGUGGAAUCACACAUGUUCUUGGAAAACCUCACCACUGACACCUCUAUGUUUGAAGCUACUUCAAAAGUUAAGAGCAUCUUAGAACAGCAGCAGAGAAAUCCCAAAGUGGAAAGACGAAGGCCAUCCCCUGCUCAGGAAAAAAGUUUCAGACAGAUGGUUGGCACCCAUAAGAAAACUCCCACAGGGAAGAAAGAUCAUGAAUGUAGUGAAUGUGGGAAAGCCUUCAUUUAUAAUUCACAUCUUGUGAUCCACCAGAGAAUUCAUUCUGGAGAGAAACCCUUUAAGUGUAGUGACUGUGGAAAAACUUUCAAUCAGAGCUCAAACCUCAUUCAGCAUCAGAGAAUUCAUACAGGAGAGAAACCCUACGAAUGCAAUGAAUGUGGGAAGGCCUUCAGGUGGGGUGCUCAUCUUGUUCAACAUCGGAGGAUUCAUUCAGGAGAAAAACCCUAUGAAUGUAACGAGUGUGGGAAGGCCUUCAGUCAAAGCUCGUAUCUAAGUCAGCAUCUAAGAAUUCACAGUGGAGAGAAACCUUUUAUAUGUAAAGGAUGUGGGAAAGCUUACAGAUGGAGUUCAGAGCUUAUUAGACAUCAGAGAGUUCAUGAUAGCAAAGAUCCUUCCCAGUGUACUGAAGGUGAGAAAGUCUCCAGACAAACUUGUACUUUUGUCUAAUCUACUUAGAACUAGCGCCCAUAAAAGUUAUAAGCACCUUAAGGUUUUUUCUUUGUCUUUCUUGAUUUAGGAAAAACUUUUCAUAGUGUUACUUGCAGAUUUUAUUACUUUAUAUCUUUUGAUUAAGAUACCUUUGGCUACAAACAAUAGCCAAAUCGUGCCGCUUCUCCUUUGUGGCAUAAAUUUGAACAACUUCCUGAGCUGCCCCACUAAUAAAGUAAGGAUACUAAUGCCUACUUCAGAAGAGUUCUAUUCCUGGCACAGAACAGCUGGUCAAGCAGUGAUCAUUAUAUUCAAAUUUUCUUGUGAAAUUUUUGAUCCUGUCUCUUUCAGACCUAUAUUAGUCUGUGUCCUUGAACAGAGUCACCUGCAGAUGUCCAGACAGGAGUUAAAAACCACACUAGUAAAUUAAACAGGGAAAGCUUAAAAUAAAAAAAAUAUUAAGUAGUAAAAGGGGGUUAUAUAAUAAAGGAAUUAAUGAGAUCUCUAAAGAACAUGAGAAUAGUGGGACAGGAUACAGCUACUACCUGAGGGAGAAUACUGAAGAAAGAAGUGCUUAGAAGCCCCCAUCCACCCACUCCUGCCCUAGACUGAAAUUCAGAUCUCAUUGGACAGGGUAUGGCUCUCCCAGAGGUGUGCUAGAACCAGUCUUGCAUAUCUCUUCCCAAAUCUCCAUUGAAAUUAGUUGUGGUGAGAAUAUUCACACCAUGGGAAUCAGCAAAUCCAACAAAGCAGAGAAAUUUGUUUUUGAGCCACUUUAACUAUUUGCUAACACGAUACUGGCUGUAGCCCACUUGGUGAUAAUAUUCACUGACGUGUAAAGGCCAAGACUGAUGAGCAGGAAGCUGAUAGUUUAGCUGCAGGUCCAACUCCCAGGUGAGUGGGUGCUGCUAGAUCUCCUGCACACCAGUAAUAGCUGUGCUGUAAGAGCAAGACAGAAAAAAACAGGAGCAGCCCCUUUCUCUUUGCCUUGUCCCUUUAGUACCCCUUACUGACAAAGCCUAACAUUAUGCCACCUGGAAAAAGGAAAAUCUUUCACUUUGUUUUGCUUUAUCAUAAGCAAAACAGACUUGGAGCUAGGAGAAAAUAGAUUGAUCAUUGGCCCACAUUUCAAGCUCCUUUCCACUUAUGUAGUAACAUAAGUCACUCUUUAUCUAGAUCUCUGUUUCAGUGUUAGCAAACUUCCCUAACUAACAAGUUUAUUUCUCUCUCACAUAAACUUCCAGGGGCAGCAGGUGAUCAGUAAGCUACAGCUUAAGGGUCAAGUCAUAUCCACCUGAUUGUGUAUGGUGCACAAUGAAUGCUAAGAAUGGUUUUUACAUUUUUGGGUAUUUUUUAAAAAGAUGUAACAGACUAGUCCAGAAAGCCUAAAAUAUUUACCAUAUGACCCUUUACAGAAAAGUGCCAUGCUCUGGUCUAGUGGGCAGCUCAGUUUGGUUUCACCAAAUAAUUCAGGGACCAUAUACUUUCUGCCUUGCUCUUCAUUCCCCUAGGCUAAGCUAGCUACCCCUACCCCCCGCCAAGCCCCUAGAACUAGGGAUUGAACCCAGAGGCCUUUGCGCUGAGCUACAUCCCCAACUUUUUAAAUUUUUAGAUAGUCUCACUAAGUUGCCCAGGCUGGGCUCAAACUUGCAUUCCUCCUGCCUCGGCCUUCCAGAGUGCUAGCAGUACAGGUGUGCGUCAGUGCACCCAGCUUGGGUUAGUAUGUUUUUGUCUGUGUGGUUGAAGCUGGGUCAUUACCAUGUCCAUAUUCCAGGUUACAGUAAAAUUGAAGUCAUAGUCACAAGAGGUGAUUUCCCUUCCAGUAAGCAUCAUGGAAUGGGACCGAGUCCUUUGGUGAGAACUCAAUUGCACGGCCACAUCUAUCUUCCAAGGAGGUUAGAAAACAUUUCUAGCAGGAUGGCCAUUUGCCCAAUUAAAACUAUGACUUCAAGCCAGUGGUGGUACAUGCCUGUAAUCCCAUCACUUGAGAAACGGCAGGAGGAUGCCAUGAGUUUGAGGCUAGCCUAGGCUACAUGGUGAGUUCAAAGCCAACCUAAACUACAUAGUGAAACCCUGUCUCCAAAACAAAACAACUAUUACUAUGGGGAAGAAGAAAACAAUUUGGGGAGACAGUGAGGAGCCUUCCAUUCCAUGAGACAUCUUCACACUUCUGCAACCCAGUUGUGCUGAUUGAUGAGCGAAAGAAUGCUGGUCUCAGAAGACAAAGCUGGAUGCUGAGAAGCAGGAUGGAGAUAAAAGGUCAAAACUAUGGAUUAGAGUGCUGGCCUUCUUGGCCACUCCAGAAAUAAUUCUGACUGCAGAACCCUGUAUUCAGCAUUCUGAAGAAGCAAAAACCAGAAAAAGUUUUAGACUACCCUGGGCAACUUCGCGAGACUCUUUUGUCAAAAAUUUUUUAAAAGGUUGGGGAUGUAGCUCAGUGCAAAGGCCCUGGGUUCAAUCUCUAGUUCUAGGGCAGAAUAUACUGACCUGAAACCAUCUCUUGCCUUUGUAAAGUGCAAAACAAGCUAUUGCAGAAAAUGUCUUAUGUGAUUAGUUUGAUUGUUUCAGGAGCUACUACUUAUCCUUGAGGGAGUCUUGGGAGUUAAAGGUACCAUACUUGUAUAAUAAUUGGUUCCUGUUUCUGUGUCUGUAAGUGCCUUGUGCACAUGCGCACGUUGGAGGUUCCCAGCUCUGCAGCUGAACAAGUAAACUAAUCUGCCAAAAUUAUGGUCUUUUGUCCACAGCAGGAGACAGAGACUGUUGUUUAUCUUGGGAAGUUAAUCAGGAAUCUAUGUAUGCCUUAUAAAGACCCUAAGUAGAGAUUUUAGAACAAAUACACUAGUAAAUAUUGGUGACCUA